AUGGGUGCAGCGCAGGCCAUGAAGAGAAUACCCAGGAUCAAAUUUCCUCAGAGACAUCCAAAACCCUCUGUUUCCACAUCUCAGCAUCAAGCAACAUCUACGGCUAAUGAUGCUCCUCAAACUUUUUUCUCAAGGUCUGAAUCAAAUGCGACUCUGGGAGGAAAAGCUUCUCUUCAGCCCAAAAGAACACCAGUGUCUGAAGUAGAGAUUGAGGCUAUUUUGUUGGGUGGCUGCCUCUAA